AUGUCUGCAUCUGGCAAGUUCGCACAGCGUAACUAUACAUACCGCGGCAAGACACUCGAUGACCUCCGUGCCAUGGAGCUUAAGGACUUUGUUGAACUUCUCCCAACAAAGCGCCGCCGUUUCAUCUCCCGCUCAUUCGAUCUUAAGCACGUUCACCUUAUCGAAAAGCUGAAGAAGGCUCGUCAGGCUGUUGAGGGCCAGGCUGGUGUUCGUCCACCAGUUGUCAAGACACACCUUCGCCAUAUGGUUAUCCUUCCAGAGUUCGUUGAUAACGUUAUCGGCAUCUAUGAUGGCCACGUUUUCUUCGAAGUUCAAAUCAAGCCAGAAAUGAUCGGCCACGUUCUUGCUGAUUUCGCCCCAUCCAAGAAGGUCGUUAAGCACUCUAAGGCUGGUGUCGGUGCUACACGUUCUUCUUCUGCUACAUCCCUCAAGUAA